GUCAUCAUCAAAAUAUUAGUUUUCCUCAAAACAUUUGUGAUUUAGCUUUUUAAAUAUUUAGUUUAUAUAAUUGAUAUUUACAAAGUAAUAAAACAAAUAGCAGUUUAGAGAGAUCUAACAGUUUCAAUAUUAAUACAUUUUCUUUAGCUUAUAUUAUUAUAGCAAUGUUUGGUGGUGUAAGGCUCAAAGUAUCUUUUACACAUGAAAGAUCAUGUUUUGGAUACAUUAGUCCAAAGUAUAGCUCAAAUAAUGAACAGUCUUUAUGUGUACAAGUUAUAUCAAGAGAAAAACAAAUAUUAUUAUGGGCAGUUUUUAAUAGCAGUGUACCAGAGGGCUAUAUUUCCUGUAAUCCCAUUUACAGUAAAAUGUUGGGCUUAGAAGAAGGGAUGGAUGUAUUUCUGGCCCCUUAUACUGAUGUCAAGAUAUUGGAUGAAAUUUUCAUUGAUACUGAUAGUCCAGAUGAUCAAGAAAUAUUGGAACAUAAUGUAGAAAUAUUGCAAUUAAGAAUUUUAGAUCAGCUUAGACUAGUGGUUGCAAAUCAAAAGGCUGUUGUAUGGAUAUCAACAUCUAUGCCAGUAGUAUUCACACCAAAACAGACUGGGUUAUUAGUUAAUCAUAGUAGAAUUAUUGUUAAAGUGGAUGCCUUCAAUAGCUAUCAUGGCGGCCUCACUAAUUCAUAUGCAAAUACUCCAAAGGAAACAGAUACUAAAUUCAAUAAUAUUGGAAUACUAAACAGUGGCCUCCUUGCUCCAUAUCUUAAUAUACCACAGAGGCUAGUAUUACGAGCUUUACCAAUUGAUAGUGAUGGCAAGAAGAAUUUAAUACAUCCUUACACUGUUUUUAUACAUGAAGAUUUACUAGAUCAUAAAUUAAAAGACUUGAUGGUGAUACUGGCUACGGUGAAUAACAUUCCCUCUAUGAUAAAGGAAGGGUCUGAAGAUGAAGUAGAAAAUAAUAAUCAAAUUGAUAGUCUAUGCGUUGAAAUUGUGCCUAUAGACAAUGUCAUAUUCCGAAGCCUUUCUAGGGAAGUUUAUAAUAGAAACAUACCCACAGUACUAAUACCUAGAUCGCUCAAUAUCAUAAUAAACAUAGAAAAUGGUAUGAAAUUAAUUUUUAAUAUGAUAGGAGAUAAGGUUGAUCAACCGGAUCACAUUGAUAUUGUUACUUAUUCAGAUAAAGUUCAGACUGAAAUAGAUGUGAUUGAAAAAUUUAAAAAUUGUGUCAUAGAAAGCACACAUUCAGGUAAAAAGUUUUUGAUCAAUGAUGGAAUGGUUAAGCAGAAUGUACAUAUAAGUAACGGCUUCUUAAGAUUUAAACUGAAGCCUGAUAGUUUAAAAUAUACAUUGUUAAAUUCGGAAUCAUUCAGGAAUUGUACAGUCUCAGCAAAAUGUUUGAAUGAUACGGAUCUAGUUAUGCCGAAGUUAACUUUGUCUAAAUUGGAAUAUGAUUACAAACACUAUUGCAGGACAAUGAAAUCAUCACAAGACUUAGUUAAGAAGAUAAUAUCUCACAUCAAUUUUGAAAUACAAAGAGAGGCAAGUUUUAAAUGUGUGUCUGAAAUAAAGAGCAAUGUGUUAAUAACCGGACAAAAUGGUGCGGGAAAAUCGGCAUUAUGUCACAUAGUCCAAAAAGAGUUGACAUUAUGGUCACAUAUCUUGCACUGUCGGUCUCUCAAAGGUCGAAAGGAUAUCACUGAGGUGCUGAGUAAAGCUAUUCUUAUGUGUCAAGAGCACAGCCCGGCUGUGUUGAUCUGUGAUGACGUGGACGCGUUGGUGCCUCCGAAUAUGGAAGGGGGCUCACCACAGGAUAUUGCAUAUUAUCAAAGGCUCGCUGUCGUUAUCAAGCAAAUGCUUCAAACGUGUCCCGGCGUGUGUGUCCUUAUGACCGCUGUGAACAUGCAGUCUUUGCAUCCUACGUUGAGACAGUUUAAUGGGAAACCGCUGUUCACUGCGCACUUUGAUAUACCAGAGCUAAAUCAAGAUGAACGAAUGGAACUUUUCAAGCAUUUGGUCAACGAUAAAAUUCGCGAGUCGUUUUUGGUUGAAGACGAUGACGUCAUAAGAUUAGCGAUGGACACGGGAGGGUGUAAUGUUAGAGAGAUUGUUGAUUAUUUCAAUAAGAAGAUAUUCAAGGCGGUCAAAAAGAAAAACGCAAAGGCGACGGAUCGACCGCGACUGGUGUGCGACGUGAGACAGGACAGCGAGCAGACGCAGGCCUUCGACAUCUGGGGCUCCGUCGGCGGCCUGCACGACGUCAAGCAGCAGCUCACUGAGAGCAUCUUCUGGCCUAUCAUGUAUCCAGCCCUGUUCCCGAGCCAGUCCUGUGGCAUCCUGCUGUACGGUCCGCCUGGCACUGGCAAGUCUCACAUCGGCUCGUGUCUGGCGCGUCUCACGAACAUGCGACUUAUAUCAGUCAAGGGACCGGAAUUACUGUCUAAGUAUAUCGGACAGAGUGAGAAGGCUGUCAGGGAUAUAUUUGAUAAAGCAGACAUGCAACGUCCUUGUAUCCUGUUCUUCGACGAGUUUGACAGUCUCGCGCCCAAGCGCGGGCACGACUCGACGGGCGUGACGGACCGCGUGGUGAACCAGCUGCUGGCGCGGCUGGACGGCGCGGAGGGCGGCGCGCGCGGGCCCGUGCUGGCCGCCACGGCGCGCCCCGACCUCGUGGACGCCGCGCUGCUGCGCGCCGGCCGCCUCGCGCGGCACGUCUACUGCGCCAUGCCCGCGCCGUCGGAUCGCUUGGAAAUACUGAAGACGCUGACAAAGGGUGUAUCGAUUGACGAUGAGGUGGAUCUUCAGGACCUGGCGCAGAGGACCGAAGGAUACUCCCCGGCCGAUCUCAAGUCUUUGCUCGUCACUGCGCAGUUGGGAAGACUCGAGAGACAGUUGGUAAAUAGUGAGAACAGAAACCUGGAUGAAGUGACAGUGUGCAAGGAGGACAUUAAAAGUGCGUUAGAGGAAACUAAACCCUCCCUUUCAAGUGAACAACGUCUGUUCUACGAUACGAUCUAUAAGAGAUUUCGAGGGGAGACUCUAUCGCCGGAACAGAAGUUAAUAUCACAGAUGAUGCAGAAACAGAGAGUUACUUUAGCGUAAAGUGCGUAAUGCACACGUGCACGUUUCUUGAUACGCACACAAGCCAAAACACCCACACAGAUGCCUUUAGCUGUAUGAUUCAAUUCUCUAGUUUCAAAUUAGCCUGUAGAUACUAAAAACUCUUACAUCACAUUAAUUUUGGCGCGUGUUUUAUUAUACUGAGUGAUUGUUAGUAUAUAAUAUACAUAUUUUCAAAGUAAUGUAUGUCUCAUACAAUUUUGUUUUAAGUGUAAAAUAUUGUUCAAGUUAUAUGGCUUUCGACGACAUGCGUGUUAGAAAUUGUAUAUAGAUAUUUGGAAAAUAAAAUAUAUGUAUAUAUUUGUAACAUUCCUUAUGACUUAAUAGAACAAACAUGAUAAAUAUAAUGAGGAAAUUUUGGUCGAUCAAAAUGAAAUUCAUGUUGAAUUUUUGUUUCUUAAAAGUUUUAAUAUUGUUUUAUUCUAAAGAUGUAAUAAAUAAAUGACUGUAAAAAUCAGAACACUUACCGGAAGAUAAACUGAGUCA